UGCCGAUCGGUUCUUGGUAACAAGUGCGAAGGACAACGAUAAUAAAGGACGGCAGCCGUUCUUCCACGAUACCCGACUAAUCCGGCGUGUCCGCCAUCGAACGGUGUCCGGCAUCCGAAAGCCGUGAGCCAAGACCACCAUGUCCAACACUACCAGCACCGACCCGAGGAUAACGAGGGCGAUCGAGGCUGGGCGGAUCCCGGAAGGAAUCAGCAUUGCCUGGUUAGAGGAAUCCCGAGACAAACCUGCGACUGGCGCCAUUAUCUUCGUCACCGUCCUGACGGGCAUCGUUGUGCUAUGCCGAAUUGCUUCAAGAGCCUUUGUGCUAAGGCGAACCGGACUUGAUGAUUGGUUGGCGCUACUAUGUCUAGCCCUUCUUAUAGCGUUUGUGGUACUGGAUACCAAACUGAUCAACAUUGGAGCGGGGCGGCACUAUCAGUACCUCAUGUACGUGCUGACGCCGGAGGAGGUGAACCUCAGUGAGAUCUGGGACUUUGCGGCACACAUUGUCUACACCAUUGCGUUGCUGAUCUGCCGUGUAUCGGGUUUGGCCUUUUACCACCGCAUCUGCAGCAUCCACCGCGGGUUCCGACUGGCGAUUCAGAUCCUGAUGGGCGUCCUGGUGGCGGGAUUCCUGCCGCAGCUGUUCCUCAUCAUCUUCCACUGUCUUCCGGUGACGGGACUGUGGCCAUACACGAAGAAGAACAACUGGCAGAAGGACGUCGAGGGCUACCAGUGCUUGCCAUGGGGUCUCGUGUACAGUGUCAACUCGGCCGUGUCACUGUUUUGCGACCUGUUGCUGUUUGGCAUCCCGUUGGCCAUGAUCUGGAUCCUUGAUCUGCCGCGCAAGCGAAGACUGCAGCUGGCGUGCAUUUUGAUGCCUGGUAUCUUGGUUACUGGCAUCUCGAUUGCUCGUUUGGUGCUGGUCAUUGCAGGUCAGUGGAACGUGGACAUGUCAUGGACGUACAACCCCCUGUUGGCGGUCGAGGUAUCGGAGAUCGGAGCGACCUUGAUCUCGUUGUCGAUUCCCGGCAUCAAGCCCGUGUUCGACAAGUUCAUCAGGAACACGGGCCACGAUUCCAAUUCUGGGGGGCACUCUGGGUACUCGACCAAGGGCGGGACCAAGGGCACAUCCAUGACGCUGCGCAACCUCAGCCUGCGGCCCCAGCACCACAACAAGCUAAGCUCCAACAGCGAUUGUUACACGUAUAACGACACCAAGAGCCGUAACCGUGACGACGCCGAGACGGGCAGCACCGAAGGCAUCAUGGUGCGGGUAGACUUUGACCUGACCACGGAGAACGAGCACCGGGGGUCCAAGGCUCUCGAAGCAUAAUGUGUAAUGGUUGAA